AUGACCACCCAGGCUGAAGAGCACCUUACUGCAAGGAGCAUUCUCAUCCACAUAUCAGACUUUAGAAAAUGCCCAUCUGAGGUUUUGCACCCCCUGGGCCCUGCCAGCGCUCACCCAGAUGACAUCUUCAGACUGGGCCUUGGCGGGGGCUCCAUGUCCCUCCCCUCCUCUCCUCUCUUACCAAGACAGACCUACAUGAUGCCCCUACGCCCCUGCAAGAAAUCCCCAGGUCUGCUCAGGAAGCCUAAAUAUGUGGAGAGCCCUCGAGUUCCGUCCGAUGCCAUCGUUUCAUCGCUGAGGAAAGCGGACACUUCCCACAAUGAGUUACAAGCGACCAAACAGAGCGGCCCCUCCUCACCCGCCACUCAGGAACUGAUGACAAGGCUGGGCUUUCUACUGGGAGACGGGAUCCCCGGCACGGCACGCAUACCUAUGGACGACAAGAAUGAAAAGAAGUGCUCAGUGACCAGCCAGGGGAUCAGUCCCUGCUCCACUCUGACCAGCAGCACGGCGUCCCCCUGCACCGACAGCCCGUGCUCCACCCUGAAUAGCUGCACGGGCAGACCCCCCCUCAGCCGCUCCAGCCCCUGUGGCACCAUCACCAGCCCCAGCUCCACACUCGAGAGCAAAGACAGUGGGAUCAUAGCCACCAUCACCAGCUCCUCGGAAAACGAUGACCGCAGCGGCUCCAGCCUGGAGUGGAGUAAAGAUGGGAGCCUGAGGGGGAGCGUCCGCAAUGGUCUGGGACAGAGCUGCUCCCCUGUGGCGGAGGAGGACUCCAGCAGCAGCACACCUCAUGACACGCCCUCCAGAGCGCAGCCCGCCACAUCCACCACGGGGGCGGGACCACCGCACCCACCGACGAAUCACUCGCCUGAGGGCCCUGUAGCUUUCCCCGUGCACACUUCCUCCCUCAUAAUGCCAAGGCCCAAUUCCGUCGCAGCCACCAGUUCCACAAAGUUGGAGGACCUGAGCUUCCUGGAUGAGCAGCGGAACACCCCCCUCCGCACGUCCAUCCGCCUCCCCUGGCACAACACCGGAGGGAGGCCGCCUCAGGACUCAAAAGGUCGAUUCGCUCCAUACAAACCCUCAGAUAUCAUGCUCAAGCCCCUGUUAUUUGAGGUGCCCAGUAUCACCACAGAUUCCGUGUUUGUGGGAAGGGACUGGCUGUUUCAGGGGCUGGAGGAUGUUCUAAAAUCGGGUGAAUCAGAAGAGGCCCACGGAGCUGUAAUAGUUGGAAGUGUGGGCUAUGGGAAAACGGCCAUCAUCUCCAGGCUCGUAGCUCUGAGCUGCCACGGCGGACGCAUGAGACAAAUUGCAUCCAACAGUCCUAGUGCCUCACCUAAAGGUGGCCCCGGACAAAGCACAGAACUUCCCCUAAGCCAGCCCCCACAGCCCACCCCACCCUCCAGCGCGUCUAACACCCUAAGGACCAACAGCUGCCCAGGGACGCCAGAGAUCCAGAGGCGACGGGAGGAGGCCGUCCGACGCCUGGCUGCUAAGGUUGUGGCGUAUCACUACUGCCAGGCGGACAACACAUACACGUGCCUGGUGCCCGAGUUUGUGCACAGCGUGGCGGCCCUUCUCUGCCGCUCUCACCAGCUCACGGCCUAUAGAGAGCUCUUAUUGAAGGAGCCCCAUCUACAGAGCAUGCUCAGUCUCCGCUCCUGUGUCCAAGACCCACUGGCCGCCUUCCGGAGGGGUGUCCUGGAGCCACUCAUCAGUCUGAGAAUGGGUGAGACAUGCAUUUAUACGAGUGUUACUACUUGA